ACCCGAGACGCAAAGAAGAUGCCAGCCAUCGGAAUUGAUCUGGGCACGACGUACUCGUGCGUCGGCGUGUUCCAGCACGGCAAGGUUGAAAUUAUCGCCAACGACCAGGGCAACCGCACCACGCCCAGCUAUGUUGCCUUCACGGACUCUGAGCGCCUGAUUGGCGACCCGGCCAAGAACCAGGUGGCCAUGAACCCAAGCAACACCGUCUUCGACGCCAAGCGCCUCAUCGGCCGCAAGUUCAACGAGUCGUCCGUGCAGAGCGACAUGAAGCACUGGCCCUUCACCGUCGUCGAGGUCGACGGCCGCCCCAAGAUCCAGGUCGAGUACAUGGGCGAGACAAAGCAGUUCUUCCCCGAGGAGAUCUCCUCCAUGGUCCUCGUCAAGAUGAGGGAGAUUGCCGAGGCCUACCUCGGCUCCGAGGUCAAGGACGCCGUCGUCACCGUCCCCGCCUACUUCAACGACUCCCAGCGCCAGGCCACCAAGGACGCAGGCACCAUUGCCGGCCUCAACGUCCUCCGCAUCAUCAACGAGCCCACGGCCGCCGCCAUCGCCUACGGCCUCGACAAGAAGGGCCAGAAGGAGGCCCACGUCCUCAUCUUCGAUCUCGGUGGCGGCACCUUCGAUGUGUCCGUCCUGUCCAUCGACGACGGCAUCUUCGAGGUCAAGUCCACUGCCGGUGACACCCACCUUGGCGGCGAGGACUUUGACAACCGCAUGGUCAACCACUUUGUGACCGAGUUCAAGCGCAAGCACAAGAAGGACCUCACCUCCAACAAGCGCGCCCUGCGCCGUCUCCGCACCGCCUGCGAGCGCGCCAAGCGCACCCUCUCGGCCUCCACCCAGGCCAACAUUGAGAUUGACUCGCUCUUCGAGGGCGUCGACUUCUACACCUCCAUCACCCGCGCCCGCUUCGAGGACCUGUGCGCCGACCUCUUCCGCGGCACCCUCGAGCCCGUCGAGAAGGCCCUGCGCGACGCCAAGCUUGGCAAGGGCGAGAUUGACGAGGUCGUCCUCGUUGGCGGCUCCACCCGCAUCCCCAAGAUCCAGAAGCUGCUGCAGGACUUCUUCAACGGCAAGGACCUGAACAAGAGCAUCAACCCCGACGAGGCCGUCGCCUACGGUGCCGCCGUCCAGGCCGCCAUCCUCUCCGGCGACAAGUCCGAGGAGGUGCAGGACCUCCUCCUGCUCGAUGUCGCCCCGCUCUCACUCGGUCUGGAGACGGCCGGCGGUGUCAUGACGUCUCUCAUCAAGCGCAACACCACCAUCCCCACCAAGACCUCCCAGACCUUCACCACCUACUCCGACAACCAGCCCGGUGUGCUGAUCCAGGUGUACGAGGGCGAGCGCUCCAUGACCAAGGACAACAACCUCCUCGGCAAGUUUGAGCUGUCCGGCAUUGCCCCCGCCCCACGCGGCGUGCCCCAGAUUGAGGUCACCUUCGACAUUGAUGCCAACGGCAUCCUCAACGUGUCUGCGCAGGACAAGGCCUCUGGCAAGUCGAACAAGAUCACCAUCACCAACGACAAGGGCCGCCUGUCCAAGGACGAGAUUGAGCGCAUGGUGCAGGAGGCCGAGAAGUACAAGGCCCAGGAUGAGGCCAUGAAGGAGAAGGUCAACGCCAAGAACGGCCUCGAGUCGUACGCCUUCAACCUCAAGUCCACGGUCGACGACGAGAAGUUCAAGGACAAGAUCAGCGACGACGACAAGAGCACCAUCAAGGCCAAGUGCGACGAGGUCCUCGCCUGGCUCGACUCCAACCCGUCUGCGGAGAAGGACGAGAUUGAGCACCAGCAGAAGGAGCUCGAGGGCGUUGCCAACCCCAUCAUGAGCAAGCUGUACGCCGAGGGUGGUGCUCCUGGCGGCGGUAUGCCCGGUGGCAUGCCCAACCAGGGUGGCCCACCACCUUCCACGGACCAGACCUCUGGCCCCACCAUCGACGAGGUCGACUAAGCAUCAUCAUCGUGAGGUGCUGACCCCCCCCCCUCGGCCUCACUCUCUGCGGCUGUGUCCGUGUGCUUUCCCUACCUUGAAACGUGCCACCCUUAUGUUUUUUUGUUUUUUCGUUUUUCCUUUGAUUCAUUCAACACCACUACUGCACCUCCCUGUUUUGUGUUUUGGUUUUGCCUCCUGCACGCAUGCUUGCAAGCACAUUGU